ACCUCCAUACCAAGUACCAUCGUACUAAAGUUUAAUCGACACUCCAAGUCCCCUUCCCAAUUCCAAACUCCCACAACCCGCACAAAAAAUUCACAAAAUGUCUCCUCCCAGCAUAACCCUCUACUCCCACAGGGCCGGUCCUAAUCCGUGGAAGGUCGACAUCGUUCUCCGCCACUUGAACAUCCCCUUCGAAACCGUCUUCAUAGGGAUCAACGGCGAGCACAAGCGCCCCCCAUACACCAACAUCAACCCGAACGGCCGCGUACCCUCACUCAUCGACCACUCCAACAACGACUUCACCAUCUGGGAGUCCGGCGCGAUAAUGCAGUACAUCGUGCAGAAGUACGACAAGGAACACAAACUGCUCUUCGAUAACUUCGAGGACAACAUGCACGUGGAGCAGUGGUUGAUGUUCCAGAUGAGCGGCCAAGGACCGUAUUAUGGACAGGCAGCCUGGUUCACUCGCUAUCAUCCUGAGAAGGUCCCGAGCGCGAUUGACCGCUAUGUGAAGGAGAUAAAGAGGGUUCUUGGCGUCCUCGACGCUUGGCUUGCGGAUAAGGAGUAUCUCGUCGGUGGGAGGUUGUCUAUCGCGGAUAUCGCGUUUGUUCCGUGGCACGAGGCGUUGGGCUUUUUGGAUAAUGAGGAGGUGAAUAAUUGGAAGAAGGAAUUCCCCAAUGCUGCGGCUUGGCACGAGAGAGUUAUGGCGUUGCCGGCUGCGAAGGCGUCUUUUGAGGCCAAGAGGAAGGCGGGUGAAGCCCAGCAGAAACAAUGAGGGUUGUCACGUGAGGAUUUGUGAUUGAGUGCUGCGUGCUGAGCACCGGGUGGGUUUUGUUUCGGUUUAGUCUAGUUGAAGUAAUAUCUACAUUAAGGGAUCUCCUACAAAA